UCGUAGCAAUUUUCUUCCUGCUGUGGAUGUUUCUAUUUAAAGAAAACAAAAGCUGAUUUGAUAAACAUAUCGUUACUUAUAUAACGAAGGAAAUGUCCACUUUCGUCUAAAUUUUCAUUUCUUUUAUGUAUCUACUAUGUUAUAAUGUCGAAAUAUAUCGUGACACUUUCAAUUACCAUAUCGAUGUUGAUGCCUCAUCAGGAUGGAGUCUAUAUGGGAAGGAAGUGGUCUUCCUAUAAUGACAGAUAAUAUAUCAAUUUUGGAUAAAAAAGUAUCCAAUGUAGAAGAUACUUAUGUGGAGUCUGGUUUAGACUCUGCAAAAGAGACCGUUCAAAAUAAAGAAACUUUAAAUGAUAUCGAAAAGAGUGAACUCAGUGAUUGUAAAGUGUGUGUAACUUGUGAGGAUGAGGAUAAGCAGCAAGCAGAGUUACCACUUUCAGCAUCAGAUGAGAAACUACAGAACAAUGAUGUGUAUCAGACAGAAUGUAGAUCUGAAGGUGACAGUGGUAAUACAGCCUUAAAUCAAGAUAGGCAAAGCCCCGACGUGGGCAGUAAAGCUAUAAAGCCUCCAGCUAUGAAUGAAAGUAGCAACAGUGUACCUACUGGUGACAGAAACAAGCCUGUACGGCAACGAUUUAACCCUUUCAAUAAUGAAUUUAUCUUUGAAGAAGACCAUUUCUCUGAAGUAGAAUCAACAAGUUCUUCCGACAGUCAUGCGUGGUCAUUUAUUCAGGAUGUUGCGAUACCUUCCAGAGACAAUCUAGAAGUUUCUUUUGCUGAACUUGGAUUGGCAGAAGAUCAUUUUUCACAUCCAGAGGGACAUUUCGGACAAACCAGUGAAGAGGAAUUAAAUAUGGCCAUUGAAAACUGUAAAGAGUUGAUCCGACAGUGUGAUCCCUCAGAUCCAUUGAGUGCUAGCCGUCAACAGAAACUAGUACAGAAACUAAUUCAGUUGCGCAUGCACUACCAAGAGCUGAAGGAAGGACCUGUUGAAACUGACACCCAAAUCAAGGUUGUCAUGUCUCACAAAUUCAAAGUACGUGUCGGUGCCAAUAGUCAUCCAUGUGAGAAAUGUAAAGGUGUUAUUUGGGGGUUGAUAGGAAUCAAUACAUGGUACAAAUGUCAAGAAUGUGGGUAUCGAUGCCACCAAAAGUGCCUUAACUCUGUGACGAGGAUGUGUCCAAGUGCAAAGAUUGCCCAGGGUCAAAGCAUCAUCACUGAUAUUUGUCCUGAACGAGGCCUUAGUCUUCAGAAAUUUCGAUGUGUUGAUUGUCGUGAACCAAUUGAAUUUCAAAGUAACCAAGGCUGGUCUGAACCCCGACUUUGCGAUUAUUCUGGCCUUUACUAUUGUGAGCUGUGUCACUGGGGUGAUGAGAUGGUCAUUCCUGCCAGAGUUGUCUCCAACUGGGACUUUGAACCACAGAAAGUAAGCCGUGCCAGUCGACAAUUCUUGAAAUUAAUGUUGAAAAAGCCUGUCUUAGAUCUUGAAAAACACAGUCCACUUAUUUUUAAUAUGUCAGAAGAAUUACGUCAAAUACUUAAACUUCGAAAAGACAUCCUUAUUAUGAAACAAUAUUUUAUCCGUUGCCAAUUUGCCCGUGAAGAUAAGUUGUUGUUAUUGCUGCAGAAACGACAACAUUUUGUCGAAAAUUCCAAUAUGUUUUCAUUACAAGACCUCAUAGAUGCUGAUUCUCAAAUAUUGCUGCCUGAACUAACAGAAAUUGUAAAUAGUUUUUUGAAACACAUAAAGAAAGCCUGCCAGCUAUGUCGUGCAAAAGGAUAUACCUGUGAAAUCUGUCACAGCAGUGAGGUUCUCUUCCCAUUUGACAUAUACACAAAGUCUUGUGAAACUUGCUCUCAAGUCUUCCACAGGAAAUGCUUUACAAAACUUGAAAGCUGUCCACGGUGUGAUCGCAGAGCUCACCGACAAACAUUCACUUAAUGCUGCUUUGCUAUUGAAUAGGGCAAUUAAAUGGCUUAUACAUACGUGAAUGUAUACGCAUAGAUGAAACACACAUGCACAAAUAUUCACCCCCUUCUUCCACACACACACACACCUGCACGUGUGAAUGUAUGUAUGUAUGUGUGUGUGUAUAUAGAUAUAUAUAUGUGCGGGUAUGUGUACAUUCAUACAUAUAGAUAUGCUGGGUAUAUUAUGUAACUACCCCAUCCAUAUUGUUUGCAUAUACUUAAAGUGAAAAUGCUGACUGAGUAAGUUGACAGGUGUUAAAUGGUUAUGCAGAUUUGUAGCAAAUAAAAAUUAAAAAAAAAAAGGAAAAAGCAUUAUGUGAUGAAAGUCUGAGUCUUGAGUGUCACAUCAUAUCUAUUUUCUAUUUUACUAAAUAGAAAAGCCAAAAAAAAGACUAAAUAUCAAAAUGUGAUCUAUGUAACUAAAAAUGGCCAAAAGGAUGAAGGCUGUUAGAAGAGAACUGUUAUUUCUGCUAUGAAUGGUUACUGGCUGUGGACUAAAUAAUGGUUGCUUUCCAGAAUCUUGCUUGAUUCAUGUAAUUAUUUUAUAGAAGUUAAUUGAAUGGUUAUAAAAAAGAAGAAAAAAAAAAGAAAAAAAACAAA